AUGAUGGAAGUGAAGCAAAGUCAGACGGCAAAAUUCUUGAAGGACAAGAUCCUGGAAGUCCUGGACACCUACGGCGUCACAAUCCACCAGAUUUUUUCAGUUACCACGGAUAAUGGAGCGAAUAUGAUAGCGGCUAUUGAAGAGCUGAAAAUGUGCCUCUCAAAACAGCUCAUAGAUGGUGGAGAAGCGUCGAAGAUUAGUUUGGAUGACGACGAUGAUGAAAGCGCAAACCUAGGAUUCCUAGGCGCAAACAACGAAACGGAUAUGGCCCUGCUGGAAAAUUUGAUAAUGGAGUUCCGUAACCAAUUGAGUAUGGUAAGGUGCGCAGUUCACACGCUGCAAUUAGCAGUAGGAGACGUGAAAAGAAUGAUGCAAACAUUGCCAGAAUAACAAAAGUUG